CCUUUUUUAUUUUUAUUUUUAUUCUGCAUUAUACACAUAUUUCACCCUAUUUUUUUAUUUCUUGUCUUCAUAUACAUCUGCUUAUUCUUAUAUUAGUUCAAUUGCAUCCAUUUUUCAGCACAAACAAAAAACUCUAUUCAUUUGCUAUAACUCACACCUCAAUGAUAUCGACUGUAAGUGCACCAUCGACACCAUCAUUGAGCAUUUCAUGCGAGCCCACAAUACCGUGUUCAAUUUUGUCAACCCAACUGCAGCGGCCCCCAUACACCACAGAGCCGAGCACAAAGUCGUUGAGUCUGAACCACCAGCCACGCGAGGCAUUGCCAACGUCCCGGCUCUCGACAAGAGCCACGCUAGUUCCCGAACUACCAGCCAGCAAACCACACCUUGCACCACCCCACUGUGAGACGAAUAAUAGGGAGAGCCCAGAGGCAGUCCGAGGGCUACAUUGCAUCACUAGGGCUGGUGGGAAUGCUGUGGAUGGCACGCUGUCCUUGUCGCUUAGACCUGCGGGAUGGACUCGGAGCGUGCUUGGACCCAGCAUUAGGCGUUUGGGUGCUGGUACUGGCGGUUACGUUGACCUCUACCGCUACACUAUUUCAAACAAGGUAAGGCACAAAAAAAGAUGUUUUUUUAUCCAAUUAUGCAAUUUUGUAUUAAUUUUUUUUGUUUUCCCUGUUCAUGCACAUUCAUCUUGAUUUGCGUGCACGAUGAGCAAGUGAUUCGUUGUAUGGCAAUCGAUAUAUUGAAAAACAGACAUGCUCUAUCUGUAUAUACUUUUUCUUUUUUUUCUUGUGGUUCCACUGCUGUCGUUUUUUCCUCGAACGACAUGUUAUUUAUGCACGUGCCUAGCUCGACUGGUAUGUGCAGAACCUGCCAUUCACACACACCAUAAAGCAUUUAAUUAAU